AUAUGUUUUUGAUUAUGAUUUGCUUAGAACGGCAACUCUAAAUCCUCUUUCUCUUCGAUUACUUCAGAUUGACAGACAGACAUCUCUUUUCUUGUCACAUCCAAUCUUCCAGAAGGCGAGCAAUGGCAUCAAUUUUACGAACGGGGAAAUUUAUCCGAUAUUUUGCUGGUUUCACACGAAAUUUCGUGGUAGAUUCCGUCAGACAAAAUGAAAAUGGAAGUAACUUGCUACAAAGUGCACCUAGUGUCAGCAUACAAUUUCAGCAUGGUUUCGCUAGUAAUCCAGCACCUAAGUCAGACUUGAACUUGGAGAAGCAGUUGAGGCGAUUAGACCAGGAUGUGCGCCGUAUCGGAAGAAUUUCUCGUCGCGAUAUUGAAGAAGUACUGGAGGAGAUCCGAAGUCAACGAUCAGCAACCAGUUCACAAUCACUUCUUGUGAUAAGAUGCUGUGGCAACUUGGUACCCGAAGAAAUGCCAGAGGUGCGCACAGCUUUGGUACAGGAAAUUUGGAAAACCUUAAACGCCUUGAAUGUGCCCAUGGAUAUCUCACACUAUAAUGCGCUUUUGCGUGUCUACUUGGAAAACGAACACCAAUUUUCACCGACCGAUUUUCUAUCUGAAAUUGAGUCAAAGAAUAUUGAGCCGAAUCGAGUGACAUAUCAGCGAUUAAUUGCUCGCUAUUGUCAGCAAGGCGACAUUGAUGGUGCCACACGGAUAUUAGAAUUUAUGCGUUCGAAAAAUCUGCCAGUCAACGAAAAUGUAUUCAAUUCUCUCAUUCUUGGGCACUCGCAGGCAAAUGAUUUGGAAUCAGCUAAAGGAAUUUUAACGGUAAUGAAGCAAGCAAAUUUAGAGCCUAGCGCAGACACGUACACGACCCUCCUGUGCUGUUAUGCACGUCAUGGUGACAUCGAUGCUAUACUUAAUACAUUGGAUGAAUGUGAAAAGGCCGAAAUAAUCUUGUUGGACAAAGAUCUUUUGGAUAUUGUUUAUUCACUCAGUGUUAAUGGCCACUCAGAUAAAGUCCAGCCAGUAUUGAAGAGAUUGCGCAUUACGACUGGAUUCAAUCAAGACGCAGUAAAUGUCAUAUUGCGCUUAGUUAAUAAAGGUUUUGAAGAUGUAGGUCUACAAAUUCUACGUACCAUGCCAAGGAGUACACGUCCCGAUGGCCAACUUGUAGAUGCGGGAGUAUUCUUUAUUAAGCAACUUGUGAAAGUCAACCGACCAGUGGAAAAAAUUUUAAAUAUAUGCAAGCAACUACAAGAUGAAGGUCUGAAUCCCAAAGCUCUUUUGAUUGCCACGGAAGCGGGUCUUAGUAAUGGUGCAGCUUCGAAUGCAUUACCUUUAUUGCGUGAAAUGAAGAGCGCAGGAUUUCCGAUUCGUCAGCACUACUUCUGGCCGUUAUUUUGCUCUGCCGAAACGAACCAAAUUAUAAACAUCAUACGUCACAUGAAAGACGAAUUCGCGCUAAACCCAAAUUCUGAAACUUUACGUGAUUAUGUUAUACCCAAUUUAAAGGAGAAGAAUUGGGAAAAAAUUGUUACACUAUUACGAGAUGCUGGCGUAUCAAGUGCUAACGCUGCAGCUUCUGUUGCAUACGCAGCUUUAGUGACAAAUCAUCUGAAGCCUGCUGCUAACGUUAUGGAAUCAUAUCGCGCUUAUUACGCACCUUUCUUAUUCAGACAGCCUUUGGUACAUGCGCUUUCGACGACAGAUGAUUACAACUCUUUUGUUCGUGCUGUUAGACAGCUCUACGAAAGUGUACAAACUCGUACAACUAACGGGCAGCGUGUUGAACAAGAAGAGGGCCAUGAGGUUGAAGCAAAUUCUGAAGUCGUCGAAACUGAGAGUUCUAAUCAAAGUUUUGACGUUGUUGGUGCUGUACUGAAUGACGUAAGUGUGUAUUUCCGCCGCAAUAGAGUUGAAGUUUUGGGCAAAGUUCUUCCUGCCUUAGUAAAAGAAGGAUUGUCCAUAAGCAACAAGAAUGCGGAUCGUAUUUCAGAACGUUUGGGGUCUGAAAUGACUACUGAGAUUUCUGAAAACUUGGCCAAACUUAGCUCGGGUGAUUUGGAAGUAUCGCCUUUGAAAAGUGCUGAACCACGUAAACGUAGCUUGGAUUCUUUAACUAUUGAUGAACUUGAACGUUUCAUCACUAAUGUGGAGGCAAAAGGAGAAAAUGCUAACAAUUUGAAACGCCAACUGCUGAACGCUUGUUUCAGAGCUGGUAAUCUGGAGAAGACAUUGCAAGUUAUUGCUAAAUUGGAGGCUGACAAGUUCACUAUUCCUAUUGGUAUUUGGGCGCAGCUGAUAGAUUUAUACGCCACAGAGAGCAAAACAGCAGAAGCUCUCGAACUGUAUGAAAAAAUGAAAUCAAAGGAACCUGAGUUCGUACUAGAUAAUCAGAAGACGGUGCACAUUUCUCAGCUGCUAAUAAAUGAAGAGCGAUUCGACGAUGCCAUUAAAUUCUUGGAGCGUAAUAAGAAAGAAGAAGUAAUUCCAGAUAACGAAGGCUCGUUUAACUAUACAUCAACUGUGUGGCGGCUAUUAAAUAACUUGGCAGAAUCUGGACGCGCUGAACAACUACAAAAGCUCUUUGAUGUGCUAGUAGCUGGAAAUUAUAUCUAUCCCAACAAUGUGAUUUUGGGGCCGCUGAUAAAAGUACAUCUUAUAAAUGACAACGUUCAAAAUGCAAUGGAGGCAUUUGAGGAAAUUUGUGAAAAAUAUAAAUCUACACCGUGGAAAAAUGAACUUGCAUGUCGCCUUAUACAGAAGGAGGAUGCUGCCAAUCUUCAGAAACUGACUGAUUUAAGCACAGGUAUUCACGGUGAAGUAAAUAGUCUGUAUGACUUGGUGUUUUCCUUCGUUGAAUGUGGACGUAUUCGUCAAGCAAGAAAGAUUUUAGAGACACCUGGUCUUCGUACUCGUCCACAACGUAUCAACCAUGCAUGUGAACGUUAUAAAAACGAGGGUAUGAUAGAACCACUCGAAGGGUUGGUUGAAGCGACAAAGGAUCUGAAUCAUAUUGAUCGUAAUAAAAUCUACUAUAAUUUAUUGCUAAGCUAUUGCAAAUCGGAAGAUGCAGAAAAAGCCUUGGGUCUUUGGACUAAAAUGCAGGAAGAAAAUAUAGCACCCACUGAUGCUUUCCUCAAUAAAUUAGCGGAUCUAUUGAUCCAGAAAAACAUGAAUGUACCGUUUGUUGUACCAAACAACGAAGCAAUUACUUCAACUAAAUCCAAAAAUAUUAAAAGUGUUGAAUCUGCUAAUACAACAAAGAAACCAUCUGCUAAAUCGUCAUCCAAUUUAUCCCUUUUCCGUAAAGCUAUCAGUACUGGUAACAUAGAAAAUGCCCUCAACAUUAAAAAUCAAUUACAAUCUAAUGAAAUUGUAAGUGUUACUGAUCUUUCUCUUCUAAUCGAGCAACUCGUACGGGCCGAGCGCCUAACUGAGGCCUCCAAAUUUGUGGACGAACUUUUAGCAGACAAACGUUAUCCAAUCCCGAAGAUCUUUAAAUUUUACUUAAAUAAACUCGCUGCUGCCGGGGAUGUAUCUGCAUUGCAAAGGAUUGGAGAACAAUUAACUGACGAACAAAAGAAGAUCGUUUCCUUUGACAAUCGCUUUUGCCAUUCUAAUAUUGUAGCUGGUAAAACUGACCAGUACUUACAGUCACUUUAUGAUCAGAUAUCUGCGGUAAAGACACCAGAAGAAGCAGCUAAACUAGCUGAUAAGUUCCCGCGUGGUGGUGCUCUAGGUAUUUUGCAACAAAACCCUCAAUCAUUAUCAUUGUUCGAAAAACUUGCAGAAAAAUAUGCUGAACAUAAACAAUUAGGCCCUGUUAAUGUGCUUUGGAUGCAUUUACUUUCUCUAGGCGAUGAGGCAGCGGCUAAGUCGAUUUGGGAUAAAUACCUCUCGAAUGCGCCACGCCUCAUGUUCCAACGUGUUUUGCAAACAGCAAGGGAGCAAAAGGACGAAAAACUUGCAGCGACGGUGAUCAGUCAAUUGCGUGAGUCUAAGAUAUCCGAAGGAGCAAUCGGAAAUGCUUAUUCCUGCCUGAUCGACAUUCAUACAACCAAUAAAAACGUUGAUAAAGCUUUGGACACGCUGAAAACUGCAAUCAAAGAUGUAUGUUUAGAAAAUAUAAAUCGUACUGCACUUUUGCGACUUAAAACUGCUCUGCAAGAGCAAAAUAUGGAAUUCCCUUUCGAGAUUCCAGAAAAGAAGUCGCAGAAAGAUAGCAGCAGCAGUUCACAAUCAUCUGAUGAUGACGUUACACCAAAGCGACCUGAGACAAGACCAAUUACACGGCCAACUAAGUAAUAAUAAUAUAUUUAAAUAUGUUCGUAGCCCCUAACAUUAAACCAUAAUUGUUGCUUUCUAUUUUACUUUAAAUAAAUGCUAAGUAUUCCAUGUA